GUCAAGCGAAGGAGAGAGAGCAGCUGGAGUUCCAGACUUCGGCUCCCUGGGCUCGAGAAAAGUACUCUUAACGCCGCCACGAUACUCUUUGUCGAGGCAAAACACUUCAGGCGUUUUUGUUUUGAUACAACUGCAUCCAACAUCCAGACGGUAUGUAGAUAGAAGCAAAAAAUGACAGUUUAGACUUUGUUUGGUCCACUCAAUUGUGAAGAAAACGGAGGAAGGGGCGCAGAAGGCAAAAAACUCUGGCACGGCCACUCUGGAGUUUCAGCUCGAGCCACAACUUCUGAGCGCCAGACGCACAUCUGCAAGCAGCAAGAAAACACUACAGUUUUGAGGAGAAGAGGAAAGAAAAACUUUACAACUGGAGGAAAGCAACCUUCGCACACGUGUCCCGUCUUCAUGUGGUGCUGAGGAAUGCGCAGUCGCCAUGGAAACCCAGUCCCAGGCCAGUUCUGCAGCUGAGAAGAAGAAGAGGGUGGAGACCAUUGUGGCGACCAAGGGGGCGUCCACGCGCAACGACAUCAGCGAGAAGGCCGUCGCCUCCAGCACCACCUCCAACGAAGAUGAGAGCUCGGCGCCGACGUACCACCACCACCACCAUCGCGAGCGGAGGAACGCCCUCAGCACCCAGAGCCCCGUGUCCGGGGCAGGUGCCUCCUCGGGUGAAAGAGGAGGUGACAGGGACAGAGGAGGCAAGCUGAACGAGGAGCCGUCCACCUCCACGGAAGAGCGCCCCCAGCUGGUGAAGAAGGAGCUGCACAGCUCGCUGCCCCACCUGGCCGCGGAACACGCGCUGCCACACGCAUACCGCGGCACGCUCUUCGCUAUGGACCCACGCAACGGCUACCUGGACUCACCAUACGCUCCUCCACAGUUCUUCCCAGCCUUCCAUCCUCCGGUGCCCAUCGAUGACAGACACACACAGGGCCGAUACAUCUACGAGCCCUCUCCUGUGCCACCUCUACACGUGCCCCCAGUGCUGGCGGGCAGCCCGGCGUUCUCCGACAUCUCCCUCAUCCGCAUCUCGCCACACCGGAACCCGUCGUUGGGGGCCGACUCCCCCUUCAACCCGCCGCACCCCUACAUCAACCCCUACAUGGAGUACCUGCGCUCCCUACCCGGCAGCCCCUCCCUAUCCAUGAUCUCCGCAGCCAGGGGACUCAGCCCCGCAGACGCGCCCCACACCAGCCUGACCACGGCGGAGUACUACCACCAGAUGGCGCUGCUCGCGGGUCACCGCAGCCCGUAUGCCGACAUCAUCCCCUCCGUGGCCUCCACCGCCGGGGCAGGAAGCAACGCCCUCCACAUGGACUACCUGCAAGCCGUCGAAAGUUCCCGGUUCUCCAGCCCACGUGUUCCUCAGCGGCCGAGGAAACGAGCGCUGCCCAUCUCGCCGCUCUCUGACCCCAGCUUCGACCUGCAGACCAUGAUCCGCACCUCCCCCAACUCGCUGGUCACCAUCCUCAACAACUCACGCUCCAGCUCCUCCACCAGUGGAUCCUACGGACACCUGUCUGCCGGAACCAUCAGUCCUGCAUUGAGUUUCGCCUACCCGCCCACCCCGGUGGCACUGCAGAUGCACCAGCAGCUGAUGGGCCGUCCUCCGGGCAUCGUGGGCUCGGCGUUCGGGCACAGCCCGCCCCUGCACCCAUCCCCGGCCUUCGCCACCCAGCGGCCCAUGCCUGGCAUCCCCUCGGCUGGCCUGGCGCCCAUCGAGAGGACCGUAGCGUCCGGAGAAGCCCAGAGUAAGCCCACCAGUGAGUCUGCUGUGAGCAGCACAGGGGACCCCAUGCACCACAAGCGCUCCAAGCUGCUCUCUUCCAAACCCGACGAGGACCCACCCAGCCCGGGAGCCGUCAGCGUGCAGGAGCAGCCGGAUGGCAUGACUCUGGUGAAGGAGGAGGGGGAUAAGGAGGAGGGUAAGCAGGAGCCGGAGGUGGUGUACGAGACCAACUGCCACUGGGAGAGCUGCCGCCGCGAGUUCGACACCCAGGAGCAGCUGGUGCACCAUAUCAACAAUGAUCACAUCCACGGGGAGAAGAAGGAGUUUGUGUGCCGCUGGGACGAGUGCUCGCGGGAGCAGAAACCCUUCAAGGCCCAGUACAUGCUGGUGGUGCACAUGAGACGACACACAGGAGAGAAACCUCACAAAUGCACCUUCGAAGGCUGCUCUAAAGCCUACUCCCGGCUGGAGAACCUGAAGACCCAUCUGCGCUCCCACACGGGAGAGAAGCCGUACGUGUGUGAACACGAGGGCUGCAACAAGGCCUUCUCAAACGCCUCCGACCGCGCCAAACACCAAAACAGAACACACUCCAAUGAGAAACCGUACGUGUGCAAGAUCCCCGGCUGCACCAAGCGCUACACGGACCCCAGCUCGCUGCGGAAGCACGUCAAGACGGUGCACGGCCCCGAGGCCCAUGUGACCAAAAAACAGCGCGGAGACACCUACCCCCGGCCCCCGCCCCCACCACCCCGCGAGCCGGGCAGCAACGGACAGGGCCGCUCGCCGGGUCACCAACUGCCCCUGGGAGGGUUCACAGACCAAAGGGACUACAACAACCACCAUGCUACCUCCAAACAGGACGAGUGCCUGCAGGUCAAGUCCAUCAAGGCAGAGAAGCCAAUGACGUCUCAGCCAAGCCCUGGCAGUGAGUCUGCAUGCGGCGGUGAGCAGUCCCCCGGUGUCGGGGGCGGGCCUGCCGGCCGUGGAGUCCAGCUUGCUGUGAGCGCCGUCCGGCCGCAGGUGCUGGGUGGCGGUGUGGGGAUGGGGAUGGGGAUGGGGGUUGAGGCGCGGAGGGAGCAGGAGCACCUGGAGGAAGAGGAUGAGGAGGCGUACGAGGAGGAUGAAGGAGACGCGCUGGAUGAGGAAGACGAGGAGGACGACGAUGACGACUUCCUGGACGAAGACGGCUUGCUGGGACGGCAUCGGGCGCCCAUCAUGGACGCCACCGUCUCGACGGCGACACUGGCACUGCAGGCGCGCAGGAACGUGGGCAGGCCGCCGCGCUGGAUGGAGCAGGUGAAGAUGGAGAGGCUGCGGCAGGUGAACGGGGCCGUCACGGGGGCCCCGCCGGCCGGCCUGCCACACCUGUCCCCCACGCCCCCCACCAAGGGCCACGGCCUGCCCAACAUCCUGGGGAAAGGUUCGUGCCUGGGCCACAGUGACAACAGGGGCUUGGUCCCUCCUCUGCAGCCCGCUCCCGGCUCCCGGUGCCUGGAUCCCAGCGGCAGCACCGACCUGAACGUGCUGAACCUCCUGGGUGGCGUUGGCGUCGGCGGUGUGGGUCGGCGGGACAGCGGCGGUGGCAGCGCGGCCAGCUCUGCGUACUGCAGUCGGCGCUCCUCGGGCAUCUCGCCCUGCUUCUCCAGCCGCCGCUCUAGCCAGGCCUCGCAGUCCGAGCUCAACGCACACCAGCUCUACCACCAACAGCAGCAGCACCGCCGACGACACAACCUCAGCUCCACCGACUCCUACGAUCCCAUCUCCACAGACGCGUCACGCCGCUCCAGCGAGGCCAGCCAGCACGGCACCGGCAGCAGCCUGGGAGGAGGAGGAGGAGGAGGAGCAGGGGUGGCCUUUCCUGGGAUGGGGUGGGGCAGUGGUGGCAUCGGAGGAGGUGGUGGUGGUGGUUGUGGUGGAAGUGGAUCCGGAGCCGGAGGUGAAGGCAGAGGAGGUGGAGGAGGAGGAGGAGGUGUUGGAGGUCUUGGAGGAUCGGGUGCAGGAGGUGGAGGUGGAGGUGUUGGUGGGUCGAGAGCAGGAGGUGUGCUGAACCUCACCCCGGCGCAGCAGUACCACCUGAAGGCUAAGUACGCCGCCGCCACUGGUGGGCCUCCACCCACGCCUCUGCCCAACAUGGAGCCCAUGAGCCUGCGCUCCCGCAUGGCCCUGCUGGGAGACGCACAGCAGGACGCCAGCCAUCAGCAGCCUCCGCUGCCCCCUCUGGUCAGACCGCGCCGGUGCAGCGACGGAAGCCCGGGCAGCAACGGGUACGGCGGGCACGCUUCCGGGUACCGCCACCGCGGGCUCUACGACGGAGUAGCCAACGCAAACAGACGAGCCAGCGAUCCUGUCCGCACCGUGCACGUCCAGGACCCGUCGUCGUCCUCCACGUCUGUCCUUUCCCAGAUGCACCGCUUCAGCAGCCUGAACGACAUGCACCCCUUGCCGCCCCUCUCGCUCUCCAGCACUUCCCAACAUGGCCACCAGGGGGAGCUCCGGUACUUCAGCCAGCAGCUGCACCCCCACCACCACCAGCACCAACAGACUUUCCACACUCGCUCAGACGGGAACCUGCAGCGCAGCCUCAGCCUGCACUCGCCCUGCCCGCCCAGGAUAGACGAGCACUCGGCCCUGGAGGACCUGGCCAUGGAGGACGACGGCGGCCAUCGCAACGAGGUCGACGACGGAGGCCUGCUGUUGGGGUACGAGGACAUGCUGCCUGAUGACCUGCUGCAGUACAUCCGCUCCCAGCAGCAGCAGCAGCAGCAGCAGUCCAGGCACAGGCUGCUCCAGAACAACAGCAUCAAUAACGGAGACUUCCACCGCCAGCCUGCUAACAACAGCAACAGCAACGGCGGUGACUUGGAUGCCAUCCAGAUGAUCACCAGCCCGGCUCCGCAGCAGCAGCAGGGUCCAGAGGGAGACGGAGACGAGCUGCCCAUUCAGUGGAACGAGGUGAGCUCAGGUAACGCUCACCUGUCCCCCACCAGACAGCAGCAGCAGCAGUCUCAGCAGCAGCAGCAACAGCAGCAGCAGCCCUGUGGCAGGUGGUCAGAGCGUGGCAGCGUUGGCGUAGCCGUCGGCAGAACUCCCUUCGGCCAGUUUGGCAACAUGAUGGUACAGCAGCAGCAGCAGCAGCCAUCCCAGCUGAACACCCCAGCCGACGUCUUCACCCGAGGGGAGGACUUGGGAGCCGGUCCCAACGUCAACAACAAUGGCUACAUCUUCCCAGACUGCAACUUGAGCGCCUCUCGCAGGCCGUCUGGCUCAAGGUUCCCUCCCCUCCUGCAGCAGUCCUGCCUGCUGAACGAGGUGAAGUCAGAGUCGUCCAGCAACAGCGCCUCAUGCCUGCAGAGCAGGAGGAACAGCUCCAACGCGGUGGCGCAGGACUUCAGGAGAGCUCCUCCAGACUUCUCCCAAAUCACCCUGGGGCCCAUACGCCAGCCGCCACAGCCCCAACCACAGCAGCAGCAGCAGCAGCCAAGUCAGCUGAUUGGCAGCAACCUGAUGCUGCAGAGGUCCUCUCAGGCCGCCCUGUCCCACGGCUCCAUGCUACUACGCCCCCACCCACCCGCAGCGGCCACCCAAUCAAAUGGCAGCAUUUACAGAAGCCCCGCCCGUGCCCAGCAGUACCUGGCCAACGGCAACAGCGGUGGCGUCUACCAGCAGCAGCAGCAGCAGCAACCGCAGCAGCACGGCUCCAGGAGUGGCAGCAUGGGACAGUGUGCGCUGGCUGGCCACAUUUCUGGUCUGAAGAUCGAGGCCCAGGACCAGGCCAGCAACAGCUGCUCAGGGAAGCCACAGCAGCAGCAGCAGCAGCCUCAGCAGGCGCGGCCAGCCGGAUACUUCCAGCCGGGUUUCGGAGGCUGCGCUGAGGCCUUUGACAUGUGUGAGGCCAAGCCCCUGUCCAUCAUGAGAGCCCGUCCAGAUGAGAGGUGUCUGAUGGAGACGACGAUGGCUACCACCACCCAGCCGAUCGGACCUGCUGGUGGUGGUGGUGGUGGUGAUGGUGUUGGCGUUGCCGACCCGGCGACCCCGCUGCUGUCCCCCGGAGUGGACCAGGUGACCAGCACGGUGGAGGGCAGCCCCUCCUGCGAGGUGCUGGACAACGUGGGCCUGGACUUCACGCCCAUCCUGGAGGACAACUACGACCAGGGCAGCCUGGCCAGUGACAUCAUCAGCCCCAGCGUGUUCCAGGGCGCGUCGUCGCGGACCUCGUCCCGCCUCACCACCCCGAGGUUAGGAGGAGCGUCAGUCGCCACCGCCGCUACUGCAGCAGCCUUCGCCAGCGUGCCGUCCGGCGUCAACAACAUGGCCAUCGGCGACAUGAGCUCCCUGCUGUCCACCCUGGCCCAGGAGAGCCGCUUCCUUGCCAUCAUGCAGUAGCUUCCUCCUCCUCCUCCUCCUCCUCCUCCUCCUCCUCCUUGCGCUUUGAUACACGUUCUUUGAUGUGUCAGACUUGCUCUCUCUGUCUCUUCAUUUCGGUCUGUCUCUCCCUCUAUCUGUGUUUCUUUAUCUCUCUCUCUCUCUCUCUCUAUUUCUCUCAUUCUCUAUCUGUCUCCACCUUUUCGUCUUUCUUUGUCUCUCUCUCGCACAGUUUUCUCGCUGUCUUUCUCUUCCUCUCUCUCUCUCUCGCUCCCCCAAUGAAUCCCCCUAUGUGGAAAAUCGGAACUCGCUUUCAAAGCUGAUACUAAAAGGGACAUGAUCUUAUAAAAUAAACUUUUUAAAAGAAUGAAAAGAAUACGACUAGCGCAGACAAAAAAUGUUUUCCUAUUGACUUUUGGUUUAUGAAAGGAUGUGAACACCAAGUGUUGGUCAAGCAGAUGUAUUUUCUGUCUAUUCCACAUAGGAGCAGAGAUAUGCCAAACGUAUAAAAAGAUAUAGAAAUAUAUAUUCCAUUUGUGGAAUGAAGGCUAUUUUUUGAAGCCCUUUUAUAAAACUAUCUCUUGAUAAUGAUGAUUGUUGGAGGCCUCGUCUCUCACAAGUCACUCUAAAACAGUAUUCCGUUUCUCUACCUUUUUUUUUUUUUUUUUUACUUGUGUUGCUUUUCCAUGUUUUGUUUUUCUUGGAUUUUUUGUUACUUUUUUACUUUAUAUUUUCUUUUACUUAAUGCUGUACACUGUUGAUAUAAAAUGCAUGUUGCUCAUAUGGUGAAAUGUACACACUGUCUUUUUAAGUGCGUAGGCUAGCUAGCUCAUGUGCCAAUGUAACUUGAGAGAACCAUGACUUGUAUAAUUCAGUAACUCACAUGGUGCAACCACACUGACUUCUGAACUUUGACCCCUCCUGACGGCACCCCCAACCCCACCCCCUUACCUAUCAUCCACAGGUCAACACAGGGUCAAAUCACAACAAGCAGGCGCUUAGGUCACAUUUUAUAUGGUAUUUGCAUUUUUUAACAACAUUGUUGUUUUUUUAGUACUUUUUUUCUGUUUACGAAAUAUGUAUAAGACGGUGUUUUCUCUAGUGAUUAUUUGCAAGCCUCACCAAGUUGGUGUGCUUGUGCGUGAGUGACAGCGUGUACUUGAGCAAGUAUUCCAGUAACGUAUUGAGUCCAAAUAUGUAGGAUCAUUUUUGACGUCAAAAGGUACUCUUAGAACCGUCUUGUUCAAUUGUGUAUUACUUGAUUUUUACACCUUUUUCUAUGUACAUGUAUAUAUCACUUUUGUUCUGUUUUUUUUUACAUUGUACAAAAAAAAUCAUCAUGCUUACUAUUUCUGAUAGGACCGCCAGUGUUGUCAGAUUGUAUACGACAUCAAAAAUACUUUUUUUUUUAGAAACUCUGUGAGGAUGUGCUGUGUGGAGGGUAUCCGGUAAAGCGCAGUACAGGUACACCCGGUGUGUCAGGAUGGGAGGAUGGACAGAUGGCAGGACUGCAUAUUAUCCACAACAGAAGGCACUGACACAGUCGAUGUAGCAGAUAGCAGCAGGUGAUUCCAGCCAGCAGUGGGACUUUUACCUUUUACCAUGUCAUUGUUUUGUAACUCGACUGCUUCAUUCACUAUUUCUUUUCUAUUGUUGUUAUUAGUGUGUGUUUUUGUGUGCGGUGGGUGACAAGAUGUACUAUGAGGGACAGACGUUAAAGUAUUAGUUCUGUUUUGUUUCCCUUACCAGAGUAACCUCUUUCAAGGUACUAACAUCCCGCUGACACCUUCCUUACUGGUGCCCAAAGCCGCUCAGUUCUCAGUUCAUGGACCAAUCAGAUAGCCUAGGGCUGUCGGUCGGACCUUUUCGCUGUCUUUUAACUCUUCAACCCUAACCUCUCAACAUUUGCAGGUAUAUGGUUCAAAUUGCUUCUGCCCUUUCUUGGCCAAACGUAUGACCACUCAAAUGACCGCUUUUUGCUAGCCGUAGCCAUUCUGCUGUCUCUCCUGCCGUGCAGCCAUGUCAGCAUCUUGUCAAGCCCACCAUAAAGAUUCAACCAGAGGAGGAAAAAAAAAACCUCACUUUGUGAUUUGUGGACACGGGUUGGGGGAACUUAAGGUGAGCUUUGACAGAACGCUCAGUUCUGCCCUCUGCACUGAGAGGUGUAUUAACAGUAUUACCAUUAUUACACUCGUUAUUUUGUUGUGUACAGUCUUCAGCUUCACGUUACUGUAGGUACUGUUGCCCACCCUCUCGGUCUUGCUCUGUUGCCGUACUCUUACAUGAGUCCUAUGGUUUUUUUUUGUAGAUGUGUAUUACAGUGUGUCUCGCUUUUGUUACUUUUUGUUUUUUAAAAGUGGUAUAACUUAAACACU